AUGAGCAAACGGAUCAAGUACGCAAAGUUGCGGCUUGCGAAGCCAAACGAUGCGACCAACGUUUCCGGGGAUGCCGGCGAGCAAGAGCCUAAGGCAGUGUCUGUGGGUGAGAAUGGCGCAAGAAACUGUAAAACUUCCAAAUACUUUAGUGACGUGUUAAAAGAGCCGUGUUCUUCCAUCCAGAGCACGUUUGAAGAAAUAGACAUCGAACCACCGGAUGGGGAUCAUGACGAACCAAAGUGCGGUGGUGAAAAUAGUCGCCGAAGGAGCGCCGAACCGAGCACAAGCAACGGGCCGAAGAUGCCCAAAGUGCGAAAAACGAGAGGAAACGUACUGAUAAGUAACUUUUUAAACAGUCAAACCGACGCACAAGAUGAAGACUUUGAGGAACAGCCUCGCCCCGCUCCUAUUACUCAAAAACCAACAACCAAAGCACAGCGGGUGGCCAAGAAAGGGUCGGCGAGUAGACGCGCCAAAAUUCGGAAUCAGUUGGACAUACGAAAUGUUUUCAAAACGUUUAAAACUGAUGACGAAGUGUUGCAGGAGCUGCUUAAAGAGCACAGUGCAUCCGAGCACGUUGACCCAGAGCAGUUGCAACUGGCCCUUGCGAUGUCACGAUCGCUGGUCGAUCGUGGAGAAAACUCGAACCGUAGCGUGACCAGUACAGAAGAUCAUGCCACUAAUUCGCUUUCGUCGACGGAGCACCGAAUAGUGGGCAUUCGUACCACGCUGGAACAGUUCGGAUUUCGCUGUAAAAAUAGCUAUACGGAUUAUGAUUUGAACAUAAUUUUCGGAAGUGCCCGAUGUAAAAAUGUGAAAAAAAUCAAGCAUAAACGGGCCACCAAUUUGGUCCUGCGUUCCGCGGGAGAAUUGACUGAAUUUAUCAAUGCUAAAGUAAGGGAUUUUUUCCCGGAUAUGCUUGUUACUGAGGAGAGCGUAUGCUCGAUUAGCAAUGCACGGUCACGUUUAACCCAUUUAUUCUGGAUAGCUCAGGCGGAACAGGAAAGCAUUGAUAUUAUGGAGAAAUAUUAUGUCUCAGAACUUGUGGAUGUAAAUCCGGCACCAGUCGGUUGUAUGUUAAAAGACUGGAGUAAAGUUCCCGGCCGUGAAGCUACACCAGAGAGGCAAAUCAGUGCAACAUGCCGGGAAGAUAACGUAAGUCUUCCCGGCAUCGUGCAGGUAGUGGAAGCAGAUCAAAGACCACGAAAUUCUGCCUAA